AUGGCGUCGGCCCCUGAAAACGAGCAUGCAGUCGGUGAUGAAAACGUGCUCUUUCCUAAGCGCGCACUGUUCAGAAGAUCAGAACCACCCAAAGCGCUCAUCAUUGGAUGCGUCCUUGGAGCGAUCUUCGUUCUUGUAACCUCCGUUUCACUACUUUACUGGUAUUUAUCCAGGACCAGGUGGUCUCGCAAGCCCAGCCCAUACCCCUUUACCUCUCCCGAAGCGGUUUCCUAUCCUUCUAGCUCGACGGGUACGGUUUCAACUCCUCCGAGAUCCGAAAUUUACCGUAUGAAGCGGGUAGUCGUUCCAACGUCAACUAUCCCCACGGUCCCCGUUAACGCUUCUGGAUCCAAGAAGGUAGUAGGAAGCGUAUGGGAGACCCGAAAUCCAUUAUACUGCGCGCCACAAAAAAACCCUCCUUCAUCAUCCGGCACAAAAAGCAGCACAUCACAUGCUUCUAAAAGUUCUUCCAGCAGAGCAAGAAGUGGGCGCAUUGGUUCUGUCGCGGCUACCCAGACAGUGAGCAGUAUCUCGUUUGCACAUGACACCGAACGACAGAUGGAACUUGAUGAACGGAUUGAAAAGCUUAAUGAAAGCCUCUUUUCGUUGCAAAGGACUGCGCCCGGGGCCAGUGCUGGUACCUUCCCCAGAGCGUCGAUGACCAUAGCGAAGAUGACCUAUGACCAUCAAGUGAUGAGUUUGAAAGGAAUAAAGGAGAAACUGGAGAAUUUGAAAGAGUCCGAAUGGGCACUAGGGUUAACGGACGAGCUACCUCCGGGUCUCUAUGAACCUAAUGAUUAUGAACGUUUCUGA